GUGAGUGAAAGAGAGAGAAAGUGAGAAGCGUUUCGUCCUCUUCGUUUUCUUCUUCCAUUAAUACAAAGCAAUCCUACUCAGAAAGCUCUAUUCAUCUUUCUACUUCAGUUUAUAUAUCCCCCAUUUUCAGCUGACGAUUUCACGAAAUUUAAAAGAGUAAAUUUUGACCAAAUUUCCAGAAAAAACCCAGUUUCUGAUUCCUCAUUUUCUUUAAAGGCUUAAUCGAAAGUUUGGAUUUUUUUGUUUUUGAAAUACCCAGACUCUGUUCCAUUCUUUGGUGGGGUGUUUUUUUUUAAGAGGGUACUUAAAAGAAGUUUUUGGGGAAGAAUCUGGUGUUGGGAUUCACAGAAGGGAUUAAAAGGAAAGAGAGUUAUGUUGGGAAUUAGAAAGCUACCAUAUUGGGAUUAAGUGUUGCUAUUAAUGAGAGAAGACCAGAAAUUAUUAAAUUUCCAAACUUUGUGUUCAAUUUCGUAGACUCGAGUAUACGGAUAAAGAUCUGAAAUCAGAAAGAAGAAGAAGAAGAAGAAGAAGAAGAGAAUGUGGUGGUGGUGUUCUUCAACAAAAGGCCGUUCGAAUCUAGAGAGAUUUCUCUUAGGAGUCACUCCUAAACCUCCUUCAUUCUCUCUUCCUCAGCAGCAGGGAAAGGAGGAGAUGGAGUUUUUCAGGCUUGGUGAUCUCUGGGACUGUUACGAUGAGCUGAGCGCGUAUGGCUUUGGAUCACAGGUUGAUUUAAACAAUGGAGAAACCGUUAUGCAAUAUUAUGUCCCCUAUCUAUCUGCCAUCCAAAUCCACACUAACAAACACGCUGUGAUUUCCAGGAACCAGAAUGAGGCGGCUGAAUCUGAGAGUAGCGAUUGUUGGAGCGAUAGUGAGAGCGAGAAGUUGUUGUCAAGGUCAAUGAGCAAUGAUUCUAGCAAAACAUGGGAUGCUGUCUCUGAAGAUUCGGUGUUUGAUGCGGAUGGUACUCUACUUCUGCGAGAUAAACUUGGUUUCCUUGACUUUAAGUACAUCGAAAGAGAUCCUCCCUACAAGCGGGUUCCAUUAACCGACAAGAUAAACGAAUUGGCGGAGAAAUUUCCGGGACUCAUGACCUUAAGAAGUGUCGACUUGUCUCCUGCUAGUUGGAUGGCUGUUGCGUGGUACCCGAUUUAUCACAUCCCAGCCUGCAAGAACGAGAAAGAUUUGACUACAUGCUUCCUAACUUAUCAUACUUUAUCUUCGUCUUUUCAAGAUAAUGUGGUGGAAGGAGAUCAUAGCAACAACAAAUGCAGAGCAGGAACAUUGUGUUGUGAGGAGGAACCCAUUAUAAACAAGAGAAUCCCAUUGCCUCCAUUUGGUGUAGCUACUUACAAAAUGCAAGGAGAUCUUUGGGGAAAGACAGGAUUUGACCAGGAUCGGUUGGUUUAUCUUCUGAGCGCUGCGGAUUCAUGGCUGAAACAGCUAAAUGUUGAUCACCAUGACUUUAACUACUUCGUAAACCCGAGCUUCUAAGAUCAAUCGGGUCCUCUUACUUGCCCUGUCUCCAAACCUUGAAAAACUCUUAACCCUGAACUUGUUCUUUGUUGUUUCAAGCUCCCUCCUCUUUCUGGCUCGUUGUGUUGUUUUAGGUAGCAACUGCCAUCCUGGAGUUUUCUCUCCUUUUGCAAGCCAUGGAAGUUACUAAGAAGAAAACAUAAGUUUUUUUUUUUUCUUUUCUUUUUGUUUUGGUGUUAAGGUGAUGAGAAAACAAGAAAGUUUUUUCUUGAGUGAGACCAUGUAAAUGAAGUUCCUUACUCUUGUACUUCUCUAUUUUCUUUGUUUCUGUCUGUUUUUUCCCUUUUCUUAAUGGAGCUGUGAACAGAGGACUCUGUUAUGUACUUUUCUUUCCAAAUAUAUAA